GCUGCACUGCAGUUUUAAUAAAACAUCUGUUCUUGCUUCUGCUGAUGAGCUUCCAUAAUUAUUUUCAGACAAAUUUAACAGGAAAAUAUAAAUAUAUUUAGAAAAACUCAAGCCCCGGCCCCUCCCCCAUAGACAGCCAGUCUUUCGCAAAGGGAGGAGAGAGAGCACAAGAUGGGAAAAGGAAAAACUAUUACCCAGUGGAAGGAAGAUCAACUCAUCUGAUUUGCUCUCCCCCUUGGACUGAAUCCUCCGAGUAAAUUUCAGUAGCAUAAUUAAAGGUCUAACUAAAAGAAAUGGGAUCUUUUCCUCCUUUAGGAAUAGAGAGGAAUGCAGGAGAGUGUUUUGGGAGUUAAUUUACCCCAAAGUCUUUAGAUAAUGGGAAGAUAUUUGUGUUUCUGCCUUCCCUGGUCUCCCCUUUCCAGCAUUUCUUCCCCCCCCCCCUCGCCCCAGGCAGCUGGUUUCUGUUCAUUAUAAAUCGGCGAGACCUUUCAGUCUCUGCCUCUGUUUUGGGACGUAAUAAAACACUUAACUUUUCCGGGCCUGAGACUUUACACUCUGCUCCUCGGGUCGCCCACCCCUGAGCCUACCACCUUUAGGCCCCAAAAGAGAAUCUCCCCAACUUUGGGGCCCCUUUCAUCUCUGGAUAUGAUUGAGGGGGCUCUAGGAAACUCAGGCAACACUGUAGCAAUGCUUCCCCCAAAGUCCCUUCUUUCUUUUAAGGUCACCCCUUCCCCCAACACAUCCAUAAAAGAGAUUUAAAAAUACACAAAAAUCCACACUCAUGGAAAACAAAACUUCAUUAAGACAUCCUAUCUUCCAUCAUUCAAUUUGUUUUACAUUGCAACAAUUUAAUAUCUUGAAGGAAGUACCACUGACAUGAUUUAUCCCUCUAGCGAUUUCAUUCUGAAAUAGGGGGAAAUUUACUCUUUUUUGCUGUGGCUUCUACUUGUUACACCGCUACCCUCAGGGCAGACAGGAGGCAGGGAACUUUGAAAAGAGGCUACUGGUGUCCAGGGGUGAACUGACUUGUUUCCUAGCUAAGCCCCAGGGUACCCUCCCCUCAGUUAGCUCUUUCCCUACCUCUUGCCCUCCAGGGGGACUGGAGACUCAGCCAGCUGUUGGAAACCUCUGCCCAGACAUGCCAUGAAUUCAAGUACAGAUGAAUUAGAAAGCAAAAAGCAACACACUACUGUCUGUGUUUGGGGGAGCAACUGCUAUGCUCCCCCAGAUGAGAUAACUUUUAAAAACUCUCUCUGCCUCCUCCUCUGCCUUCUUCAUCUUGGAAAGAAAAUAGUAUAGUCCAAGGGAUAGAACCUUCCAUAAUUACAGGGAUUUUUCUUCUACUCUCCUAAGUUCCAGCCAGUUUCCCUCCUUUCCAAAGGCAGAGGCUGGAUUUUUAAAAAAGCCAACACAAAUUGUCUGGCAGGAAGACUCCUCAACUCCCCAAAAAGCCUCAUGUAUUUAACUAACACUUUGUCUGCACUAGUUCCUACACACUGUCUGUUUUUGGGUUCUAAACUUUAUCCCCCCCACCUCGUGACACUCCAGGGAAACCUUAACAUUACAGAAGAUGAAGAAACGAGUUUUUUCCCCAGCAUAGUCCCGUUUAUGGCUUUAUUGCUACCCAUUGAUUACUCCGCUUUGUUACACAGAAGGAAAAGAUCAUAAAACCCAGCGACAUCCGGGUUCUUGUUAUAGUCAGUCUCAAAAAAAAAAAAAAAAAGAGUGAGGGGGAAACCAUGAGUUUUUGCUGCUUCCUUCCUGUGCCUUGCCAGCCUUCCUUUGUCAGCUCCAAGUAUUUCCAGCCUAUGUCGAUAUCAAAUGCAGUUUGGAUUAGCUAGAGGGAAACCCCAGCUGCACACCUUCUGCUGUUUUGGUUCACUUGCUGUACCUUCCUGAAGCCCUACAAACUGCUCUGUUCUAAUCUUCUCCUCCCUUUUCUCAGCCUCAAGGUGGGGAGGAAAAUGGAGGGAAGGGCUUCUGAGCACCUAGAGGUGACUCCAGAUUCCCCAGGAGUCCUUUCCCAGGGUCUCAGAGCUUAGGUCCAGGGCUCCACUCCUGAAUCCAGAGCAGAUAGGGUCUUGUGACCUGGGCAGUGGCUGGAGGGCUGGAGCCUGUUGGAAGGUCCCUUCCUCAUUCAGGCUGCAUAGUAUUUGAACUAUCCCACUGGCCUGAGCUGGUUCCAAAUCAUAAAUUCUCACCAACAUAAACAGGAGUUGAUGUGUUGAUGUCUUUAGAAAGAAUCUCAGAGGUUCUCUCUCUCUCUCUCUCUCUCUCUCUCUCUCUCUCUCUCUCUGUGUGUGUUUGUGUGUGUGUGUCUUAAUGUAUUAUUAUACAUGUUUUCUUUUAAGUUAAAAUGUUGUAGGAGUUUCCACAAAAAAGGGUUCUGGGGAGGAGCAGUAGGCUGGGAGGCAGAAGAGAGUAGUUACUUACUUCAGGACCCCACUGUACCCUGUGGUCUCACCCUUCAGAUGGACUUGUCACCCUUCAGAUGGACAUAUCCCCUAACCCAAGACUCAGCGACACUAUCUUCCUCUGUGUACCAUGUUUCAGGAAAUCUCCCUUCCCUUUUGAUUUUUUUAAUUAUUGGAAAAAUAUGCUAGUGAUGGGGGCUUCAUGAGUGGCAAGCUAGAAUGUCUUGUAGAAUUUCUGGGAACUUCCUCCCACUGCGAAGGAUCUCCUCAGAUGAAGCAACCAGGAUGUAAUGUUAGAAAAGGGGCAAAUACAAAAGAUGAAAUCGAACUGAAAACACAAGGAUUUCUCUCUGUGCAUUUGGCCACAGCACAAAAAGUUAGCUGGGGCAGAGAGAUUUCCUGUGACUGGAUCUUUCCUUCCGCAGGGCACAGGCCCUGCUCAUGGCCCUGCACCCCAUCACCACCAGUUCCCUUACAUAUAUAUAUAUUCUUAAAGGAAAUCCAAGUCUUACUUUCAAAGCACACACUUAGUCUCAACUAGGGAAUCAACAGAAGCAGAAGCGAUUUUUUUCCCCCUUCUUGACAUCUUGCUUGCGAUUGGCUAGAAGGGGGUCAGCUGACUUUGUCAUUUUGUCUGUCCUGGAUUGGAGCCGUCCCUAUAACCAUCUAGUUCCGAGUACAAACUGGAGACAGAAAUAAAUAUUAAAGAAAUCAUAGCCCGACCAGGUAAAGGCAAAGGGAUGAAUUCCUACUUCACUAACCCUUCCUUAUCCUGCCACCUCGCCGGGGGCCAGGACGUCCUCCCCAACGUCGCCCUCAAUUCCACCGCCUAUGAUCCAGUGAGGCAUUUCUCGACCUACGGAGCAGCUGUAGCUCAGAACCGGAUCUACUCGACUCCCUUCUAUUCGCCACAGGAGAAUGUCGUGUUCAGUUCCAGCCGGGGGCCGUAUGACUAUGGAUCUAAUUCCUUUUACCAGGAGAAAGACAUGCUUUCAAACUGCAGACAAAACACCUUAGGACAUAACACACAGACCUCAAUGGCUCAGGAUUUUAGUUCUGAGCAGGGCAGGACUGCGCCCCAGGACCAGAAAGCCAGUAUCCAGAUUUACCCCUGGAUGCAGCGAAUGAAUUCGCACAGUGGGGUCGGUUACGGAGCAGACCGGAGGCGCGGCCGCCAGAUCUACUCCCGGUACCAGACCCUGGAACUGGAGAAGGAAUUUCACUUCAACCGCUACCUAACUCGGCGCCGGCGCAUCGAGAUCGCCAAUGCUCUGUGUCUGACCGAGCGACAGAUCAAAAUCUGGUUCCAGAACCGCCGGAUGAAGUGGAAAAAAGAAUCUAAUCUCACAUCCACGCUUUCGGGGGCCGGCGGAGGGGCAGCCGCCGACAGCCUGGGCGGGAAAGAGGAAAAGCGGGAGGACACAGAAGAGGAGAAGCAGAAAGAGUGACCAGGAUCCUGCACCCCUCUCUCCUCCCUUGCUCCUCCCAGCUCCCCAAGUCACAUACUCUGUAUUUAUCACUGGCACAAUUGAUGUGUUGUGACUUCCUAAAAGAAAAUAGGGAGUCAGACGUGGACCUGCAAGUCAGCUCUGGACCCCCUCCCGCACUGCACAACUCUUCACAGGCCUCCUCCUCUAGUUCCCCUCGCUAGCUUAUCUGCAGGGCCCCAUCCCUUGCCCAGGCCUUGGGGACACUGUCCCUGAACCACGCUUCAGACUCUUCUGACGUCCCUCCAAUUGAGCCCGAGGCUCUCUCCCCACCUCGAGGCCCUGAACUCUCGCCCCCGCGCAGAUAGCCGGCUCCUGGGCCUGGGGCCUCUACUCCAGGGCCUCAGGGCCCGGCCUGGCAGCCGGAGGGCGGGAGGCCUCAGGAGGGCGCGCUUUGCCCCUACAACAUCCCCCACCUCCACCCCGGGCUUCUCCCCAGUUCCUGCACAGCCCCUCUGCCCCAGCAAAUGCCCAGUCCAGGCAAAUUGUAUUUAAAGAUUCCUGGGGGUCAUUAUGGCAUAUUACGAACUGUGACCGUUUCUGUGUGAAUAUUUCUAGCUGUAUUUGUGGUCUCUGUAUUUAUAUUUAUGUUUAGUACCGUCAGUGUUCCGAUUUCAUUUUUAAAAGGAUUAAAAAAAAGAGGGAAAAUAGCAAAAAGAGAAAAAAAAGUGAAUGACGUUUGUUUAGCCAGUAGGAGAAAAGAAAGAAAGAAAGAAAGAAAGAAAGAAAGAAAGAAAGAAACCCCCUCGUGUUAUCCUUCUGUAUAAAUCCGACCUCUGGAUCCGUUCUCGAAUAUUUAAUAAAAUUGAUAUUAUUUUUAAAAGU